AUGCUCAACAACAUCAGUAUAAUUGGCCCGAAUAAUGUCGGCGGCCAUAAGGACUUCGAUGGUCUCAAACAUCGAUCGCUACACCAGUUGCAGACCGGUGGCAGCGGGGGAGGUGUACACGACGUCGGGGGUAGUCACGGACUCGGCGGCACAGGUAACGGUCACCUGCAGCAAGGCAACGGCCCGUCACCUUCGCAUCAGCUGUCCACCGGCGCCGGAGGGGGCGGCGGUGGACCGUUCCGGUUGUCGUGCGGCGGUUUCGACCUGUCAACCGCGGCCGGUCACGGACUGGCCGCUGCAGCCGCUGUGGCCGUCGCUGGUGGUGGCGGCGUCGGACUCAACGGCGACGACGCCGGAAAGCCGAACAAGCAGAAGAGACAUCGGACCCGGUUCACGCCGGCGCAACUCAACGAGCUGGAGCGGUGUUUCAGCAAGACCCACUAUCCGGACAUUUUCAUGCGGGAGGAGAUCGCCAUGCGGAUCGGUCUCACCGAGUCCCGAGUACAGGUAUAA